AAAAAAUAAAAAUAAAAAGAAAAGCGGAGCAGACACACUCGGCCUCUCGCUCUCAACCCGGGACGAAGUGUAGGGUUUAUUUCAGACUAAAACCCUAGCUCGACACCGUCUCUCGUUGCCGGCGAUUCGCUCAAAAGUUCAGGCCUGACUGUCUGAGGGAAUGGCUGGUGUUCGGGAAAUCACAGCGGUCGAAUUCUUGCAGGGUACAAGUAGGCAAAAUCUGUUUUUGCGUAGAAAUUUUCACAGUCAGAGAAGUCGUUUAUUAUGGGGUACACUGCGUCGACAAGUUUCAAGGCUGGGUAUGUCCAAUAGAGAAAGUGUCUCAUUGAGAUGUCAUGUUCAAGCAAAGCCCAGGGCUAUUGUUUCUGGUGUUGUGAGCAGUACAGUAGAUGAGCAAUCAAACUUGCUUGACAAGCCUGCUGAGGAAGUUAUCCAUUUUUACCGGCUGCCGCUGCUCCAGGAAGGUGCAACCGCUGAACUUUUGAAGUCUGUUCAAAGCAAAGUCUCGAAUCAGAUUGUCAGUUUGAGAACCGAACAGUGCUUCAAUAUUGGGCUUGAUUCAGGGCUUUCGAGUGAAAAGAUUCCUGUCCUUAAGUGGCUCCUUCAGGAGACUUAUGAGCCCGAGCAUUUGGGUACGGAGAGCUUUCUUGAGAAGAAGAAGCAGCAGGGGUUGAAUUCGGUUAUAGUUGAGGUCGGGCCUCGGCUAUCUUUUACAACAGCUUGGUCUUCUAAUGCUGUAUCAAUUUGCCGAGCAUGUGGGUUGACAGAGGUGACCCGUAUGGAACGGUCAAGGAGGUACUUGUUGUAUAGUCAGGGUGCGUUGCAAGAGAAUCAGAUUAACGAGUUUGCUGCAAUGGUUCAUGAUCGGAUGACUGAGUGUGUUUAUACUCAGAAGCUCGUGUCAUUUGAGACCAAUAUGGUUCCUGAAGAAGUUCGUUAUAUACCUGUCAUGGAGAAGGGCCGAAAAGCAUUGGAGGAAAUUAAUCAGGAAAUGGGCCUGGCAUUUGAUGAACAAGAUCUACAGUAUUACACCCGUCUCUUUCGGGAGGAAAUCAAGCGGAAUCCAACAAAUGUGGAAUUGUUUGACAUGGCACAAUCCAAUAGUGAGCACAGCAGGCACUGGUUUUUUACUGCAAAGAUGAUUAUUGAUGGACAAUCAAUGAAUAGGACUCUCAUGCAGAUUGUGAAGAGCACUUUGCAGGCAAACCCAAAUAAUUCUGUUAUUGGAUUCAAGGACAACUCCAGUGCUAUAAAGGGCUUCCCUGUGAAGCAAUUGCGACCUGUUAAGCCUGGUUCAACAUGUCCGAUAGAGACAGCUGCUCGUGACCUUGAUAUUCUGUUUACAGCUGAGACACAUAAUUUUCCAUGUGCAGUGGCACCUUACCCUGGUGCAGAGACAGGUGCAGGAGGUCGCAUAAGGGAUACCCAUGCGACUGGAAAGGGGUCUUUUGUGGUUGCUGCCACAGCUGGUUAUUGUGUCGGGAAUCUCAAUAUAGAGGGUUCUUAUGCUCCAUGGGAAGAUCCCUCGUUCACAUACCCGUCAAACUUGGCAUCACCUUUGCAGAUCCUGAUAGAUGCUAGUAAUGGUGCAUCUGACUAUGGGAACAAAUUUGGAGAACCCUUGAUUCAGGGCUACACUAGAACUUUUGGAAUGAGACUUCCAAGUGGGGAGAGGCGGGAAUGGUUGAAGCCAAUAAUGUUUAGUGGAGGUAUUGGGCAGAUUGAUCAUACCCAUAUAGUUAAAGGAGAGCCUGACAUUGGAAUGUUGGUUGUAAAGAUUGGUGGACCUGCAUAUCGUAUUGGAAUGGGAGGAGGGGCAGCAUCGAGCAUGGUUAGUGGCCAGAAUGAUGCAGAGCUUGAUUUCAAUGCUGUGCAGCGUGGAGAUGCUGAGAUGGCGCAAAAAUUGUACCGCGUGGUUCGUUCCUGCAUUGAAAUGGGGGAGAAUAACCCGAUUAUCAGCAUUCAUGACCAGGGGGCUGGUGGGAACUGUAAUGUAGUUAAGGAAAUUAUAUACCCGAAGGGUGCUGAGAUUGAUAUCAGGGCAAUUGUAGUUGGUGACCACACGAUGUCUGUUUUAGAGAUUUGGGGUGCAGAAUAUCAGGAGCAAGAUGCAAUCUUGGUGAAACCCGAAAGCCACAACCUGUUAAAAUCAAUCUGUGAUAGAGAAAGGGUUUCAAUGGCUGUUAUUGGAACAAUAAACGGUGAGGGACGUAUUGUUUUAGUUGAUAGCUUAGCUAUUGAAAAAUGCGGUUCAAGCGGAGCCCUUCCUCCUCCUGCUGUGGAUCUUGAGCUCGAGAAAGUACUCGGUGACAUGCCUCAGAAAUCCUUUGAGUUCCGCCGUGUGGUUCAUGCACGAGAGCCCCUUGAUAUUGCUCCUGGGAUCACAGUGAUGGAUUCUUUGAAGAGGGUACUGAGACUACCAUCUGUCUGUUCAAAACGUUUCUUGACAACUAAAGUGGAUAGAUGUGUAACUGGUCUUGUGGCACAGCAGCAAACUGUUGGUCCCUUGCAAAUUACUCUUUCUGAUGUUGCAGUCAUUGCUCAGACUUAUACUGAUUUGACUGGAGGUGCAUGUGCCAUUGGGGAGCAACCAGUUAAAGGUCUGCUGGAUCCAAAAGCAAUGGCAAGGUUGGCUGUUGGAGAAGCACUCACAAAUCUUGUUUGGGCGAAGGUCACUUCUCUUUCUGAUGUUAAAGCAAGUGGAAAUUGGAUGUAUGCUGCCAAGCUUGACGGGGAAGGAGCAGCCAUGUAUGAUGCCGCUACGGCCCUUUCAGAAGCUAUGAUUGAACUUGGUAUUGCUAUUGAUGGGGGUAAGGACAGUCUUUCCAUGGCAGCACAUGCUGCAGGUGAGGUGGUAAAAGCUCCCGGGAAUCUUGUGAUCAGUGUCUAUGUCACUUGUCCUGACAUAACUAAAACUGUAACCCCGGAUUUGAAGCUAGGAGAUGAUGGUGUUCUGUUACACAUUGAUUUGGCAAAGGGAAAGCGGCGGCUAGGUGGAUCUGCUCUUGCUCAGGUUUUUGACCAAGUUGGGGAUGAAUGUCCUGAUCUCGAGGAUGUUCCUUACCUUAAAAGAGCUUUUGAGGGCAUUCAGGACCUUAUUGCAGAUGAAUUGAUCUCUGCCGGUCAUGACAUCAGUGAUGGGGGUAUAUUGGUUUGUGCCUUGGAGAUGGCAUUUGCUGGAAAUUAUGGUAUCAUUUUGGACUUGACUUCGAAUGGGAAGAGCCUCUUACAAACACUUUUUGCAGAAGAACUUGGUCUGAUUCUUGAGGUAAGCAAGAAGAACUUGGACUCUGUAAUAGGAAAGCUUAGCAGUUUUGGUGUUUCUUCUGAGAUCAUUGGAAAAAUAACUACCACUUCCUCAAUAGAGCUAAAGAUUGAUGGUGUAACUCAUUUGAAUGAGAAAACUUCUCUGCUUAGGGACAUGUGGGAGGAUACCAGUUUUCAGCUGGAAAAGUUCCAAAGAUUGCCCUCUUGUGUAGAAUUAGAGAAAGAAGGAAUGAAAUUUAGGCAUGAACCUUCAUGGGAAUUGUCCUUCUCUCCUAGCUUCACAGACACGAAAUAUAUGAAUGCAACUUCAAAACCAAGAGUAGCUGUGAUCCGAGAAGAAGGCAGCAAUGGAGACAGAGAAAUGUCUGCAGCGUUUUAUGCUGCUGGUUUUGAACCAUGGGAUGUUACAAUGUCUGACCUGCUUAAAGGAACCAUUUCGCUGCAGGAGUUCCGUGGAAUUGUGUUUGUUGGAGGUUUUAGCUAUGCUGAUGUGCUUGAUUCUGCAAAAGGUUGGUCUGCUUCAAUACGAUUCAAUCAGCCCCUCCUAAAUCAAUUUCAGGAGUUUUACAAGCGGCUAGAUACCUUCAGUCUUGGCAUUUGCAAUGGGUGUCAACUCAUGGCUUUGUUGGGGUGGGUCCCAGGUCCUCAGGUUGGUGGUGUGCUUGGUGCUGGUGGGGAUUCAUCACAGCCAAGGUUCAUUCACAAUGAAUCAGGACGUUUUGAAUGUCGCUUCACAAGUGUGUCAAUAAAGGACUCACCUGCUAUAAUGUUCAAAGGAAUGGAGGGUAGUACAUUGGGUGUUUGGGCUGCUCAUGGUGAGGGAAGAGCAUUCUUCCCUGAUGAUGGCGUUUUGGAUCAUGUGCUUCACAAAGACUUGGCCCCACUAAGAUAUUGUGAUGAUGAUGGGAGUGUGACGGAAACUUACCCUUUCAAUUUGAAUGGCUCUCCUUUUGGGGUUGCAGCGAUUUGUUCUCCAGAUGGGAGGCAUCUUGCCAUGAUGCCUCAUCCGGAGCGUUGCUUCUUGAUGUGGCAGUUUCCCUGGUACCCGAAGCAAUGGAAUGUGGACAAAAAAGGUCCUAGUCCAUGGUUGAGAAUGUUCCAGAAUGCUAGAGAGUGGUGCUCUUGAGAUGUGUGUUCAAUAGCAGGAGGCAUGGCUUUUUGAAGGUCCCAGGAUGCUUCAAAUCUUUUUGUCUUAUGAAAGUUUUAGAGAUGACCAAGGUGUUAAAUUUCUUCUUUUAGUUUUGUUUGUCGACUACAUAAGGUCAAUCGGAUGGUCAUUGAGGUUUUCAUGAUUGCAAUGUUACUUAAAGUACAUUUUGAUCUCUCUUUCUAUUUGUAUGGUAACACAGUAUGCAUGACUUGUGGAGAAUUCCAAAACCAUGCCUUUCGAUUUUCA